AACUUACCAGCAGAAUAACCAGCCACAUACUGACUGAACUUUAAACAGGACCCCUCAAGUGACCGGUAAUCAGGAGUAGCCCUGUACUCAAGGACAUCCCAUACUGCGAAUCCCGAGUCCACCGUCCCCACUGCUAUACAAUCCCACCAACCAAUCAACAGCCCUCCACCAUCCGCGUUCCAGCGGGCCCCAAACCGAAUGGAUCCAUCCAUCAAUCCAUCCGUCCAUCCAUUUCAUCUCCAGUUCUCAUCUUACUCCCUCCAUCCAAAAAGAAACCAUACCCAACCCUCUCCCCCAUCUUCGAACCCAAUGACCCCCUCCACCCCCACCGAAUCGCACUGGCGAUUCUCCACCGUAACAGGCUACUUCUACCAAAGCGAGCCCUCCACCGACCCCAACACCUUCAACUACGCAUCCUCCAACUUCGGCCUCAUCCCCCGCGCCUACCCCACAGACGCAGACCUAGGCCCCAACAUCAACCAAAAAACCACCUGGGAGCGCUUCGCCCACCACGUGCGCACCCUCAACGCCCAAUCCACUGACCCUAAUGUCCGCUACAAGGUACUCUUCCUCGGCCGCCACGGAGAGGGCUACCAUAACGUAGCGGAGCGGGAGUACGGCACGGAAGAAUGGGAUAAAUAUUACUCCCUCCUCCCCGGCAACGGCACAAGCAACUGGGUCGACGCCCGUCUCACAGAGGUGGGCAAAUCCCAAGCGCGAACCGCGCACAAUACCUGGAAACAGCAACUCAAGGAACAUCAUAUCCCCACUCCGGAGAAAUUCUACGUUAGUCCGUUGAAUAGAUGUCUUGAGACGGCGUGGAUUACUUUCGUUGGGACGGGGAUGGAGGGUACGGAGCCGUUUAGGCCGGUUGUUAAAGAGCUCCUCCGCGAAACCAUCGGCCAACACACCUGCGACGGCCGGUCCAGCAAAACAGCCAUAACGACCGAAUACCCCACCUACAUCAUCGAGGAAGGCUUCACUGAGAACGACGAGAUGUAUGAUGCCGAGCUCCGGGAAUCUGAUUCCGCGCGGGACAAGCGAUUCCGUGAUCUGAUGCAGGAUAUCUUUUCCACGGAUGAGGACAAGAUGUUCCUGUCGUUGACGGCGCAUUCCGGGGCGAUUACGAGUCUUUUGAAUGUUUUUGGGCAUCGGAGGUUUUCGCCUCUUGAGACCGGCGGUGUUAUUCCGGUUUUUGUUCGUGGGGAGAGAGUGCAGGGGCCGUUGCCCGUUAUGGAGGUGGAGCCUUGGUUUGGGGUUCCUAAGUGAUUUGUCUAGACAUGACAUAGUUGGUGUUGCAUAUAGAGAGAAAGGAACUAAUAGGUAUAUAGAUGAUAGAUAUUGUAUUGUACAUUGAUUCUUGGAUCGAAGCAACCCUCAUCAUACACGCACGUUAAGAUAGAGACACG